AUGAAGAUCCAGGAUGCACUUGGGAGAAAAUAUUCGGUCAAAUCAACCAAAAUCCAGGCCAAAGGACGACAACAUAUUACAGAGGCUGGGCCUGACGGCAGGCAACGACCGCCACUAGGAUGCCAUUUGUUCAUGCAGACUCAGAGGGCUCGUAUCGGCACUUCAACUAAUAAUCGCUGGCGAGAAUCCGACCUGCCUCUGUCCUUCUGUCCCUCGUAUUUCGGAAUGAAUCUCCAAGGAAUUGUCAAUACUACCGAAGCAGAACGGUACUGGGCUUACGGCUCUGAUGAUUGA